UCCCUUCUUUAUAUCUAUUUAUCAUCAUCAGCAUCAUCAUCAUCAUUCUAUACUCUCACAUACACAAAACUCACAACCAAACUCCAACUCCUCACACUUAUCUCUCAUGGCUUUCGCCGCCGCCGUUUCACGCGCUGCCUUCCUUUCCAGGAGGGCCGGAACCAUGAUCCGCUCCAUGAGCAACGUCCCCGAGAACACCGUCUACGGUGGCCCCAAGUCACAGAGCUCCGACCAGAGAGUCACCGUGACCCAAAUCAAGCAGAAGCACAAGAAAGGCGAGCCCAUCACCAUGGUCACCGCCUAUGACUACCCCUCGGCGGUUCACCUCGACUUGGCCGGAAUCGACAUUGCUCUGGUCGGCGACUCGGCGGCGAUGGUUGUUCAUGGAUAUGAUACCACUCUCCCUAUAACGCUUGACGAGAUGCUCGUCCACUGCCGCGCGGUGGCGCGUGGGGCCAAGCGCCCGCUUUUGGUUGGGGACUUGCCUUUUGGGUUCUACGAGUCCAGCUCCAUUCAGGCUAUCGAUUCAGCGGUUAGGCUUUUGAAGGAAGGAGCAAUGGAUGCGAUAAAGUUGGAAGGAGGGGCACCUUCGAGGAUUACUGCGGCAAAGUCUAUUGUUGAGGCUGGAAUUGCUGUGAUGGGGCAUGUGGGACUUACUCCGCAGGCCAUUAGCGUUCUCGGGGGGUUUAGGCCUCAAGGAAGGAAUGUUGCUAGUGCUGUAAAGGUUGUGGAGACAGCAUUGGCUUUGCAAGAAGCUGGGUGCUUUUCUGUUGUUUUAGAAUGUGUACCACCACUUGUGGCAGCUGCAGCAACAUCUGCUCUUCAGAUUCCUACUAUUGGCAUUGGAGCAGGGCCCUUUUGCAGUGGACAGGUGCUAGUUUACCAUGAUCUUCUUGGAAUGAUGCAGCACCCACAUCAUGCCAAGGUUACCCCUAAAUUUUGUAAGCAGUUUGCACAGGUUGGAGAUGUCAUCAACAAAGCUCUAGUGGACUACAAGGAAGAAGUGACUAGUGGGACGUUCCCAGGCGCUGCCCACAGCCCAUACAAAAUCAACCCUGCUGAUGUUGAUGGCUUUUUAAGCGAGUUACAAAAAUUGGGUUUGGACAAGGCUGCAUCUGCGGCAGCUGAAGCAGCUGAGAAGAUAAAUCCAAACAAAUCAAAGUAACUGGUAAUGACCCAGCCUAGUUUAUCUUUCAGCUAGACAAGGCUCGUGUGGGUAAAAAUCCAGUUGGUCAAAAUUUGGAUUUAGAAGUUUAGGAUCAUAAUACGAGAAUGUGAAAUAUCCGAUGAGUAUUGCAUUGUCUUCACAAUAAGCAGGGCCAUCUUAGACUAG